GGCGCUGGUUCGCCAUCUUCUUUCCCGAAGGAAAAACAAACCGUGGUCGAGAAGAUAGUGAUGUUGCAGAUGUCAAAUGACAAAACGCCGUCUUGACAGUGCUCGCUGUUGGUACACUGGUGUAGUCCACACGGAAACAUAUCCGAAAGGACACCGUCGACAUGCUUUGUGCUGAGUGAGAGCCACCCUACGAUGUAGUCAUUGAGAUGGCGUAUGACGAGAAACUCGCCAGUUUUCGACAAGCCCGCCUCAACCCCUUUGACCGUGGUGAGGAAGAGGAUGGAGCCGAGGACGGCAAGAUACCUCCACGCCUGGAGGCCAAGUCGGAGCUGUACUGCUCUGAGGCUCGGACGCACGGCUCGGAGCGCGCCAUGGACCUGGGCUUAGCCGAGGACCACUUCUCCAGGCCCGUGGGUUCCUUGGUGGCCUGCGACGUGGAGCACCUAGAGCAGGCCAUCGAGGAGUGCAAGCGGCUGAUCCUGGAGCUGCCCGAGCACUCCGAGCGACAGAAGGACACGGUGGUCAAGCUCAUCCACCUGCGGCUCAAGCUUCAGGAGCUCAAGGAGCCAGAGGAGGAGGAGCCUAACCUCCGGGUGCUGCUGGAGCACCGCUUCUCCAAGGAGAAGAGCAAGAGCGUGAAGCAGACCUGCGACAAGUGCAGCGCCAUCAUAUGGGGCCUCAUCCAGACCUGGUACACCUGCACAGGUUGUUACUACCGUUGUCACAGCAAGUGCAUGAACCUGAUCAACAAGCCCUGCGUGAGGUCAAAGGUCAGCCACCAGUCGGAAUACCAGCUCAGCAUCUGCCCGGAGAUCGGCCUGGACCGGCAGGACUACCGCUGUGCCGAGUGCCGGACGCCCGUAUCCCUGAGGGGCGUUCCGAGUGAGGCACGCCAGUGUGACUACACAGGCCAGUACUACUGCAGCACGUGCCACUGGAACGACACUGCCAUCGUCCCUGCCCGGGUCAUUCACAACUGGGAAUUUGAACCACGCAAGGUGUGUCGCUCCUCCAUGCGUUACCUGGCUCUGAUGAUGUCGCGGCCGGUGCUGAAGCUGAAGGAGAUCAACCCGCUGCUCUUCAACUUCGUGGAGGAGCUGGUGGAGAUCAGGAAGCUUCGCCAGGACGUUCUGCUGAUGAAACCUUACUUCAUCACCUGUAAGGAAGCCAUGGAGGCCCGCCUGCUGUUUCAGCUCCACGAGCGGCAGCACUUUGUGGAGAACGACGACAUGUACUCCCUGCUGGACCUGAUCGAGGUGGCCAGCGGCCGGCUGAGCUGCUCCCUCACGGAGAUCCACACCACCUUCGCCAAGCACAUCAAACUGGACUGUGAGCGCUGUCAGGCCAAAGGCUUUGUGUGUGAGCUGUGUAAGGAGGGAGACAUCCUGUACCCCUUCGACAGCCACACGUCUGUGUGCCACGACUGCUCCGCAGUAUUCCACAGUGACAUGAAGGUGUGUCUCCACAUGUCUCGUGCAGAGAUUGUUACUAUGACAACUCCACCACGUGCCCGCGAUGUGCGAGAAUGAGCGAGCGCAAGCAGGACGACCCUCCAGAUGUGAAGGACGUGUUCACAUGAAGAAGGCGUGGGCCAGAUGUUACUGUGACCAUUGGUGAACAUUGCACUUUGAUUGGCGCUGGAGUAUUACUACUACUACUACAACUACCCCCUUGUCAGGACUGAGGUGUUAGGCCGAGCUUGUUUUGUCCACAUAGUUUUUGCGCAGAUGUUUCUGGUGUUGGCGUUUCAGUGGAGUGCACUGGGAACAUAUUUUUAAAAUUUGUUUUUUCUUUUUUGUUUUUUAAUUCCUGGUCUGAGACUGGUGUACACACUGUGUUUUUGUGUGUAUUUGCCUACGUGUCUUAUGUACAAGCCUUGUAUACUUACAAAAUGGCUACAAGUGGCCUGCAGACAGGUCAACAUGUCAUGGUCAACGCAGGAGUUUUGUAUAAAUUCUUUGUGUUUUUUCUUUUUACCGCAAAUCUUUAAUCAAUAGUCCCAACGGCAAGCGAUAAAUACUUCUAAGAUGAGCACACAGCUUUAAAGAAUUUCUAAAUUCUAAAUAAAAGUAAAUCAUCAUACUAAUCGCCAAAACAACAACAACACCACAUUUUUGAUUUUAUAUUCUUUGUUUUUGCCGCCUCCUCGUUCAUUCUCUAAAGGUGCGUGCCAAGUGGCCACAGAGCAGGAUACAUUGUGUUGCCUUUUUACGUGAAACGUGUGUGAUAUUCUAUACAGUGUCAUGUAUGUUUAGUGCAGUCCAACUCAGAGCAGUUUGUAACAAAUUAAACCAGUACUCCUCAUUCAUGUUUGCAUACUCCGGCUUGAUGGCUAGAAGUCAUGUUGUUUUUCAAUUGUAUUCUGAAAGUCUCAGUUCAGCAGCCAUCGCGUUCUGGGUUGCGGCCCCCAAGUAAAGCACAUUUCGCCACUCUUACGGGCGUGUAAAUGAUAAAAAAUACUUUUUUUUGACUGUUUAUCUUCCAGCAUGUACUUUCUUCUGAUAACCGUUGUAGGCGUUGAUGGAGUUGUAUGUGUGGUGCAUGAAUAAAAUGCUCACCUCGAGAGAGGCAGUGUUUGUGUCAAAGCUGGCGUAAUGUAUUGCGUUUCACCCUGAUAGUUGGCUAUAAAGUUGAAAAAUAAUUAUUCAUUAUUCUUAGAUGGGUAUACUUUGUCAAAAUAUCUGUUUGUGUUUAAGAUUUCUUAUUGUUUAAUUGCUGAGUUACAAGCUAAUCAAUGUCUACUUCUAGUUUGCCCUCAAGUCAAAUAUACUUACUUUAUAACUAAGUAUAUAAAAUCCUAUUAAACAAUAUUGAAUCUUCA